CAGAGGUCAAUUUUAGGUCUAAGUGUCGCGACACAGUUCUGUAACGUUGUAAAGAUCCAGACAAGUCCCAUAACAGCGCUGUACCUGCCCAACGUUUGAGAACCAUCGGGCCCAGCAGAUGUUGCCCGUUGUAUAAACGGUUGACACAGUGGUGGGACCAGCAGACGAGAGAUGGAGCAACUGUUUGCUACAGCCUGUCUAGCCAUUGACCAGGAGGCUGAUGCCUUAGAACAGUUAAACCUAACCAUAUGGAAGAAUCCAGAACUUUUGUUUCAAGAGAAAAUUGCCCACGAUGCACUGACAAACUUUCUAGAAGAACGGGGUUUCUCCGUGGAGAGAGGCUACAAAAACGUGGAGACUGCUUUCAAGGCAACUUGGGAGUGCCAGACUACUGGGGAUAAAGUGGACAAUGCCCCUAACAUCGCUGUCCUGUGUGAGUACGACGCCCUGCCUGAGAUCGGACAUGCCUGUGGUCACAACCUGAUAGCACAGCUCGGGGUGGCAGCUGCUCUUGGGGUCAAGGCCGCCCUGGAGAAACUUGGACGUCCCAUCGGAAAAUUGACCGUGCUGGGAACCCCUGCAGAAGAGGGUGGGGGAGGAAAGAUCGUGCUGAUCGAGGCAGGAGCGUUUGAUGACGUAGAUGUGGCAAUGAUGUGUCAUCCAUCUUAUGCGAACAUUUUUCUACCUCAAGUACUGGCACUCAGACAGUACACGGUGACCUACCACGGUAAGGCUUGCCACGCCUCUGCCGCGCCAUGGGAGGGGGUCAACGCUUUGGACGCUGCCGUACAAGCCUACAACAGCAUCUCAGCGUUAAGACAGCAGCUGAAACCCACAACUAGGGUUCAUGGUAUCAUCACCAAAGGCGGAGUCAAGGCCAACAUCGUGCCUGACUUGACAGAAAUGGAAUAUUUUAUCAGGGCUGAGAACAGACGUGAACUGGAUGUCGUUGCCCUGAAGGUCACCAAAUGUUUUGAAAGUGCUGCCAUAGCAACUGGAUGCACGGUGGAGAUUGACGACAGUCAGAAAAUUUAUGCGGACAUGAUCAACAACAGGGCGCUGGCUCAAGUUUACGAAAAACACAUCAACACACUGGAGCCUAACAGGAGGCCCGUCACAGACAAGAGUCGUGCAGGUUCGACAGACAUGGGAAACGUGAGUUAUGUGUGUCCCAGCAUCCACCCUAUGUACUACAUCGGGGCGGCCAUCAACCACAGCAAAGACUUUACCAAGGAAUCAGGAACCCGUUCUGCUUUCUUGUUGUCCCAGAACCAGGGGAAGGCACUGGCGCUGACCGCUCUAGAAAUUAUGUCAGAUCUAGAUUUGUUGGCCGGAAUACAAGCAGAAUUCCGGGAAAUAACUGGACACAACUAACAUCGUUUAGACACACAAGACACAAGCUUAGGACACAGUGGACACAACUAACAUCGUUUAGACCAAAGUUUCUUCCAGGCAUCUCUUCGGAGGGAGGGGGGGGGGGGCGAAAUGGAAUUUAUAUAGAAAAUAUAUACUUUUAACAGUCCGUCUCCCCCCCCCCCCCGGAGAAAAAAAUAUGGAAGAAACACUGGUUUAGACACACAAGACACAAGGAACAGCUUAGGACACAGUGGACACAAAUAAACGAUCUUAUAUUUAUUCCAAUGUCAGCAUUUUUAUUUUUCACCUUACAUUUGAAAUCGCCUAAAGUUUAGGCUAAAGUCUUCGAACAUUAUACAGCAGUGACAUUAACCUUCCUUAGAGUUCAAAGGUUAAUACCUAGCGGUGUCACGUGAUUACAAAGGUUUAUUGAGUA